AUGGCGAAAGCUCUCAUGGGGGCCUAUGGGUUGCAUCUUCUGAUUGCAAGCGGUUGUGUGCUCCUUGUACAUGUUGCUGGCAGAUUCUCAUCUCACGUGGCGCCAUUGGUGAUUCGAGGGGGUGGAAUAGGAGAUGCGAACCAGACCCUGCCGAUACGCCAAGACCUCCAUAACAUGAAUAGAGAGGAGUUAGAUGCAAGGCUGUGGCUAGAACAGGACAAGAUGAAGAGAGAACGGAAGAAGGUAGAGAAGAAGAUAGUUAAAGUAGAACGAGAGAUCAGGAAUGUUCAGGCAAGAACGGAGAAGGUAGAGAAGAAGAUAGUUAAAGUAGAACGAGAAAUCAGGAAUGUUGAGGCAAAGCACAAGGACUUGAAGAAGCAGGUAUCGCAACUUCAUGACAAGGGGGCCAACAAGAAGUUCAUCAAGAAAAUAACGCAGGAAAUAAAGUACCUUCGAGACAAAGAGUUGCAACUACGAGACAAAGAGUUGCAACUUCGAACGGAAAAGAAGCAACUUCGAACGGAAAAGAAGCAACUUCGAACGGAAAAAAAGCAACUUCGAGAUAAUGUCAAAGAGAAGAAAAAGAGCCUUUCCUGGUCAGAGACAGAUCUGGAUCUUAGUCAAGCAGGAUACAGUGAGGAUCGCAAAAUUUUCACCAUCGAUCGAGCAUUACUGAAUCCAAGUCCUGGGCCAGCAGGGCAGCUGAUGCUCUACUGCAGGGAAAGCUUCAAUGAGCAAUGGCGUUUCCUUGAGGAGAAGGUAUGCAAGGAAGGAUAUUUGGGUUGGAUCCUAGGCCCUCCGGGGACAGGGAAGACGACGACGACGACAAGUUUCCUGCUAUGGCAAAGCAUGAAAGCGAGUUGGAGGGUGAUGUGCGUACGACUCUGGAAGGCGGGUCCUGUCAGCCUGAUACAGGUGGUUGACGGGAAAGAAAGAAGGUGCGACUUUUCUUUGAAGAGAGCAGGGGACGAGAUAGAGGACUUCCUUGAAGGAUGGGGAGGGGUCAGCGAAAAGUACCUUCUGUCCUUGGACGGUUACUUGGAGGGGAGUCCGGAACAUGAUAAUUUGCUCAGUGUCUGCAUGCUAUGGCGCCGUCAUGACAUGGAGAAUCGCCGGCUUGUCGUUACGACUUCGAUGGGUGCUCGAAUAAAGGUGUAUUCUGAGCAAGAUAUGAUAGAAAGGAUCAAGGAAAUGAAAGUAUACUCGUGGAUGCUUGAGGAGUACAAGGAAGCCGUCAAGCACGACCUUCUGUACAAAAAUGUAGCUAACAUGGUGGGAUCGAGCUUGGGAACGAGGAAUACGGUGAUGAAGCAGGAGACCGAACAGGAGAGAAGAGCGAGAGAGGUAGAGUCCAAAUAUCAGAUUGUUGGAGGCUCAUGUCAGUACAUGUUCCAAUACACGACAGCAGAGGCGAUUGAACAACUGUGUUUCGCGAUGGCUUCUGUGGAUAAUUUUGAAACGCUGAUGGAUUUGAAAACGGGAGACCAAGCAAAGCGGAUGGUGAAUCGGCUGCAUGGAAUGUAUCGUGUUGGAGACAAUGUGCACUGGGGGCUUGUCAGCAGGUUUGUCGCCACAGAGCUAGCACAGAGGCUUGGAGAAACUUUUGUGAGAAAGAUCGAGCAGUUGGUGGGGAUCGCUCAGAAUCCGAUACUUCGUUGUUUGUUGUUUGAGAUGCUAUUCUUUGCUCGGAUAGGAAACAACCCAGGGCUACGUGUGACCAGUAGGACAGGAGAAGAAGUCAAUUGGGAGAGCCUUGCUGUGAAGACGUUUGACCCGACACAACUCUAUACGUCUGGAAUCGAGAGGAGUGUAUGCCUAAAGCCAAUAGCUUGGAAUCAGGGCAGCUACGACGCGGUGAUUCUAGAUCUAAGGGAGAGGAUAGUGCGCUUUGUGCAGGUGACAGCGGCAAGCAAGCAUGACCUGAGACUGCAGUACUUUGCAGACUGCAUGGAUGCCUUGAGCAUCGAAAGAUGGGGUCAAUGGAAGUUGGAGAUUGUUUUCGUCGUCUCAAAGGACAAUCUUGCAGAGUUCAGUCUGAGCGAGGUGGUCGAGGAAGGCGCGCUCGCUAGGUAUGGUUGGAGAGCCGGAGAGGAAGCGAGCAAAGCGUGUGUGGUUGGGAUGGACCCUAGACCACAAGGAUGA